AUGCUCACAGUUGGAGAUCUUUUGAACUUUUUAAGUGCACUGUUUUUCGGUGUGCAUAUGCUAAGAACGGAACAUAUAGCAAGAAACACCAGUAAAGAGAAAUUCCUACCUCUCCUUGGAUAUGAGGUAUGUGUUGUUGCUGUCUUUUCAACAUUUUGGUAUCUCGCUGGAUGUUGGCCAGGAGGCUUACAAGAGUGCAAUCCAUCAUUAUGGACAUGGGAAAAGUUUUGGAACUGGAUGGUUGCCUUUCCAUGGAUACCUGCGAUAUAUACAGGCAUUUUUUCAUCUGCGUUAUGCUCAUGGGGGGAGAUGGCUGCAGUGCGUGAUGUAUCACGCCUUGGAGCCAGUCUGGGGAGGUGGAUUUCAUGGUUUCUCCUUAGCGAAAGGUGGGGUCCUGUGGUUGGGUUGGGGCUGCUCUUGUUCUAGGUAAAAAAUCUAUAGCUUAAGUUGAAUUUUUUUAUUCUUGAAGUCUAAUGUAGUUUCACCACCAGCGGGGCUUCUGCAUCAAUUAUUAAUUUUCUACCAUGUAUUAGGCACAAAAUACAAUUCAAUAAGAUGUUUUACAUGAGUUUUAUACGUGCAUAUAAAGG